AUGUGGAUGCAGUUUUCGCUCAUAUCUUGUGGUCUGCUGUUGCUCAGUGCUGCUUCAGCUAAAGCCGCAGACAUAAACGACUAUAUAAUCUGCGAUCACGAAAGCGGUGAAGAAGCGAGAUGUGUCGAUAAAUCUCAUUGUAAACUGCCGGCGCGUCCUUUAGAUUUGGGAACUAUUAUAGAACCAGUAGAAGGCGGUUGCACAAUCAUUGAAAUAUGCUGCCCGGAGAGUCAAAUCAAUCUUAUACCGGAGUCAGUGUCUUUAGUAACGAAACCCGUUGGAUGCGGUUACAGCCAGUACAGCGCCUCGAAACCGAAAGACUUGGCGAGCGACUACAAUUAUGCGAGCUACGGAGAAUUCCCUUGGAUGGUCGCUUUGUUGAAUAAAACUAAACCUGACGCUAAAUUUCACGAGGCGUACAUCGGAGGGGGGACACUUAUAGAUGCUUCAGUGGUUUUGACAGUAGCUCACAAAGUCGAUGAAAUCUCAGCUUCCGAUUUGAAAAUUCGGGCCGGAGAGUGGGACACGACAACCGGAGACGAGAUCUACGGACAUCAAGAGAGAAACGUAAAGAAGAUCAUCAUACACGAAGAAUUCCAAAAAAUAAACGCCCACUAUGAUUUCGCACUGAUUAUCUUGGAAAAACCCUUCGAUCUUGAUAACGCCCUACACAUCGGAGUAGCGUGCCUGGAGAGGGACCUGCCAGCACCUGGCACCCAGUGCUACAGCAUGGGGUGGGGAGAAGACUUUAAGGAAAAACACAGGGGAGAAAAUAAAUACUCUAAUAUACUUAAAAAGCUGACACUGCCCCUUGUCGAUGGUAGAAUAUGUAGGAACCAAUACCGAAGCAGCGAGCUGGGUCCAACCUACAGCUUGCACAAGACCCUCACUUGCGCUGGAGGAGUACCGAACGUGGACACGUGUCUUGGAGACGGAGGUUCCUCCCUAGUUUGUCCUAUCCCUGAUAAGACAUACGUACGGUAUUCCGUUGUCGGCAUGGUGGUAUAUGGAUUGGGUUGUGGCAGAAAUCUUCCAGGAGUAUACGCAAAAAUACCAGAAGCAUAUGAUUGGGUGCAAAGUAAGAUGGUUUCAGAAGGAUUCACCAUUAUGGCCUUUAAAAUGAGCUAA